AUGAUGUGCUGUGGAGGUGUAGAAGAAGACAGUUAUAUCAGCGGUCCACCGGCUAAUCAAAAUACCGCGCCUCCGAGAGCCGGCAAUCCCUAUGGUGGUAGUGAAAGAGGAGAGCCAAGGAGUGCUGCUAAGAGUGGAGCUCCUCAGAAAGUUUUACCUAUUGAGGUACCAGAAAUGUCCUUGGUUGAGCUAAAUAGACUUACUGGCAACUUUGGAAAGAAAGCUCUGAUUGGAGAGGGAUCUUAUGGCCGCGUUUUUGGUGCUAAAUUAAGCAAUGGACAACAAGCAGCAAUAAAGAAAUUGGAUUCUAGUUCUUCAGCAGAACCAGAUUCUGACUUUACAGCCCAGUUAUCAAUGGUUUCAAGACUUAAGCAUGAGCAUUUUGUGACUCUGUUGGGUUGUUGCCUGGCAGCAAACAAUCGGAUCUUGAUUUAUGAGUUUGCAUCUAUGGGCUCGCUGCAUGAUGUAUUACAUGGUAGAAAAGGAGUACAAGGUGCUGAGCCUGGUCCAGUUCUUACCUGGAAUCAGAGAGUUAAAAUUGCUUAUGGUGCAGCUAGAGGUCUCGAAUAUCUACACGAAAAAGUUCAACCCCCAAUUAAACAUCGUGAUGUCAGAUCCAGCAACGUACUACUCUUUGAUGAUUUUUCUGCAAAGAUUGCUGAUUUCAACUUGACAAACCAAUGUUCGGACACAGCAGCUCGUCUGCAUUCCACUAGAGUACUCGGGACAUUUGGCUACCAUGCUCCAGAGUAUGCCAUGACAGGACAGAUAACACAGAAAAGUGAUGUUUAUAGUUUCGGAGUCGUUCUUUUAGAACUCUUGACAGGAAGGAAGCCAGUAGAUCAUACAAUGCCCAAAGGGCAACAGAGUCUUGUCACAUGGGCAACUCCACGACUUAGUGAAGAUAAAGUAAAGCAGUGCGUGGAUCCUAAGCUAAAUAACGAGUACCCUCCAAAGGCAAUUGCUAAGAUGGCAGCUGUUGCAGCACUUUGUGUUCAAUACGAGGCAGAUUUCCGCCCAAACAUGACAAUUGUCGUCAAGGCACUGCAACCACUACUCAAUGCAAAACCAGCAGGAACAGAGCCGCACGCAUAGAACAUUAUAUUCUUCAUUGAAACAAAGCAGAUACGUAAUUGUAAGAACCAACUAGUAUGACAUGACUUUGUUGCCAUUCAUGGGAAAAGGAAUUCUUCAGUUAUUGUGUUAGUUGUAGCAGAUAUGUUAUUUUUUCCCUUAGAAGGCAAAGACUUUCAGGAUUUUGCCUUUAAACCAGAAUUUUCUUGACUAGGUUCAU